AUGGUCACGAAAGCUUGCGAGAUCGCUCCAGCCGCGUACGCUGAAGGCAGCACGAGCAACGUGCACAAGGAGGAUGAUCUGGGCUACGACUUGGGCAACUUGGCCGCCUUCGACACGCAUCCGUUCACGUUUGAGAACGAAAAAGCGCUGGCUUUGCACGCGCGCGAGAAUGUGCAGCUGCUGGUGAACCGCAUCUUUGAGCUGCCACGGGAGAUGUCGGACAUGGGUCCACUGGCACUUCUUCCAGCCCCUGAGACGGUCAUUCCACGUGAGAAACCAUUGCCGAAACCCAAGGUGGAAACCAAGUGGGAGAAGUUUGCCAAUGAGAAGGGCAUUGACAAGAGCAAGAAGAGUCGCAAGGUGCUGGACGAGAAGACGGGAGAGUGGAGCCAUUCAUGGGGGUACCAGCGUGCAGGCGAUGACAUGCAGGAUUGGGCUGUGGAGACAAAGCCAGGAGACAUGGACGACCCGUGGACCAAGCGGAAGCAGGAGAAACGGGCUCGAGUGGACAAGAAUUUGCAGGCCCAGGCGAACAAUCGCAAACAGGGACGUGGCAAACAGCUUGCUGGCAUUGCUGGGCGUACGCCUACUGGCAUUCCAGUGGAAUUGAUGGACACGAGUGAUGCGAAGGCAAAGCAGCGUGGAAAGGAGGGCACGAGCAAGACGUUGGAAAAAGUGCAGUUUGCAACGGCGUCCAUGGGCAAGUUUGAUAAGAUGCGGCAUGGAGAAGCGGAGCGCAAGGUGAAGGGCAAGCGCAACCAUUUCUUGCCAACGACUGGCGCUGAAGCAACCGAGAAGGAGCGCAGUAUGAAUGCGUUGAAGCGUGUGCUUGGACGGGAGGAGAAUGCUGGCAAGCACAAGGGCAAGACGUUGGAGGACGACGGAGAUGGGGAAGGCGACAAGCGCAAGAAGAAGGGCAAGAAGCUGAAAAACUUCACCAAGGGGGCUACGAAGAAGCGACGGACCAAGUAG